CGUGAGCACAGCAAAGCAAGAGCAGCGGGAGUGGGCCCUGGAAUGCGGAGCCAGGGACCGGCUGCGAGAGAGGGAAGGGGAGCGAAGGCCAUUGUGACCCAAACCCACCAUCGUUGCCCGCGGCCCUCGCGACUCAGUCUCAGUAGCGCUGCGACCACGCAUCGCACUUCCUGACAUACAACACACUCUCCCUCUCUCGUUGUCUGUGUAUCUCUCUCGUCCUCCUCCCUCUUCCCUUCCCCUCUAACCCUAACGUCUUUUUUCCUCCCUUUUCUUCCGUCGUCGACCGCCCUUCGGCACUUUGUCUUGGAGCGAGUCGCCAUGACGUCCACCGCGGGUCAGCCCCAGUUCCGCUACACGCAGCCCCCGUCCAAGGUGCUGCACGUGCGCAACUUACCCUGGGAGUGCAGCGAGGAGGAGCUCAUUGAGCUGUGCAAGCCGUUCGGCAAAGUGGUCAACACCAAGGUCAAUGUCGGGGCUAAUCACAACCAAGCGUUUGUGGAGUUUGCCGAUUUGAAUCAAGCUAUUGCGAUGGUAUCGUACUAUGCUUCAUCUUCGGAGCCGGCUCAAGUACGAGGAAAGACGGUGUACCUGCAGUAUUCUAACAGGCAAGAAAUUGUCACCAGUAAGAACUCUGGGGAUGUUGCAAGCAAUGUCUUGCUGGUAACGAUUGAGGGCGUAGAAGCUGGCGAUGUCAGCAUUGACGUGUUACACCUUGUGUUUUCUGCCUUUGGCUUUGUCCAUAAGAUUGCGACCUUUGAGAAAAGCGCUGGCUUCCAGGUGUGUAUUAUGGCACUUGUACAAUUUAGUGAUGCCAAUACUGCCUCCGCUGCCAAGUCAGCUCUUGAAGGCCGGAGUAUUCCCAGAUAUUUGCUGCCUGACCACGUUGGUCCUUGUCACCUGCGAAUCUCAUUCUCUGCGCACAAUGAUCUCAACGUGAAGUUCCAAAGUCAUCGGAGCAGGGACUACACGAAUCCAUAUCUUCCGGUGGCUCCAUCAGCAAUUGAUGGUAGUGGUCAGUUUAGCGUUGGACCUGAUGGAAAGAGGAGAGAGCCUGAAAGCAACGUGUUGCUUGUUUCAAUUGAAAACAUGCAGUACGCUGUAACGAUUGAUGUCAUACACACUGUUUUCUCAGCUUUUGGAUUCGUUCAGAAAAUUGCAAUUUUUGAGAAAAGUGCUGGUUUUCAAGCUUUGGUUCAAUACCCAGAUAUUCCUACUGCAGUUGGAGCAAAAGAAGCACUCGAAGGUCACUGCAUUUACGAUGGCGGUUUCUGCAAGCUUCAUCUAUCAUACUCUCGGCAUACUGAUUUAAAUGUAAAGGUCAAUAACGAUAGAAGUAGAGAUUACACUAAUCCUGGGCUUCCUCCAACCCAGCCUGCUGUUUUGGGCCAAGCUCCGGGGAUUGGUCCUGGCAGUCCUGCUGCAGCUGGCCCUGCUUACCCAACUGCUCCGUAUGGGGUUACCCCACCUCCGCAGGACUCGUGUGCUCAGCAGCAGGCAUGGGACCCCGAAGGAAGCGCUAAAGCUCAACAGGUUUCUGGUCCGAUGCUAGGGCAGCCCAUGUCUGGUUCGCAACAGCCUUUGUACACGAGUCAUCAGCAUGGUGGAGCUGGUGGGCAUCCCGUCCAUCAUGGUCCUGCUGGUGCACCAGGCUCCUUUCAGGGUCCUCAUGGUGCUCCUGGUGCGGUGACCUCAAUGGGGCCAAUGUCAGGGCCACCAAUGGGUGCUCCCAUGGGACCACCUGGGCACAUGGUACCUGGAAUGCAUCAACAAGGCCAACCGAACCAUCACAUGGGACCUGGUCAUUCCAUGCCACCUUACCAACAAAUGCACGGAACUGGCCAUCAGGGUAUGCCUCCUUCAAACGGAGGGCCUGGUGGUUACUACAUGUGAUUACUCCGCCCUUCCUCAGUGGUUAGUUUCCGUUGACAAUAGGUUAGUUUCGACAUUUGCUAAAAAGCAGUAGGCUCUUGAAUUGCACAAGUUCAGAUUAAAGUGUGGCCUUCUGUCACCAGGUUUAUUUCACCUGUCUGAUCUUGCACCUUAAUGUGCAAGGUCCAGAGUAGCGAUUAACGACUUCCUGUUUUCUUAUAGCCAUGUGAAAGCUCUUAUGUAUCCAAUCAUUACACGAAAUGUCUCUUUUUGAAAGUAUCCUGAAAGAGAUUUUUGUUUGGAUAUGAUACAUAUAGCAUAAAUGUGGUGUUCUGGUUUUCGAGUUACAGAUAAUAGUGAUGGCUUUUUGCCGAAGAGGAUCAACGGUUUUCCAUA